CGCCUUAGUCAUCAAUCCUCAGCCCAUCCUCUCGCCCAAACAACUCUGCAGUCAUCACCCGAGCCGGAAAAAGCCAGCCCACUACCUCUACCAAUACACGACUUGUCUCCGACAACAGACAUCACCAGUCUCCGACAACAGACGCCUCUCCUCUCCAACAUGUCUGCCUUCAUUCGUGUCGCCCGUAGCGUUCGCGCUGCUCCCAUUCGACCUGCCGUCCAGCCCCUGGUUGCCCGCUCGGCCGUUGCCCACUUCACCACCUCGAUUCCCCGACGAAGCGAGCACGCCGAGGAGACCUUUGAGGAGUUCUCUGCCAGGUUCGAGAAGGAGUUUGAUGGUGUUCAAGACGUUUUCGAGCUUCAGCGCAACCUCAACAACGCCUUCGCUUACGAUCUCGUCCCUGCCCCCUCGGUGAUCGCUGCCGCCCUUAAAGCCGCCCGAAGGGUUAACGACUUCGGCACUGCCGUCCGCAUCUUCGAAGGUAUCAAGACCAAGGUUGAGAACAAGGGCCAGUACGAGCAGUACCUUGAGGAACUCAAGCCCCUUCGAGAAGAGCUUGGUGUGUUGCUCAAGGAGGAGCUGUACCCUGAGGAAAAGUAGAUUGUCCCCUGGUCUCAGUGUUCUGAGCCUUGUGUAUACUGGAUGUUGGCCGAAACGGAAGAGAAUUUCAGACCCAAGAGGUAGACGGGGGAGUUUGGUUGUGGCAGCCCCAAAUCGAUUGUGUUAUAGCCUUAAGUGCGACUUGGCGACGCUUGCUCUUUGCUAAUCUCCUCCAAUGUUGAGAGUUUUUUGUAUAUCUGAAGUUCGUUGUUCAUCCACUUGAGUGACUUAUCCUCCACCUUGACUGAAGC